AUGAGCGCGGAGGAGUUUAUUUAUAGCGCCAUCGGCAGUGAUAACGUGAACCACUUCGAUUUGAACGUCAUCGCCAACACGAUCGCCAGUACGGAUCGGUUGGUGCGGGCCAACAAGCAGCAGCGCGAGGAGAAUGACAAGCUGAAGGAGAAGAUCGCGUCCCUGCGCGAAUCUGCACUGCAGAUUAAGAACCUGUACGAGGCGGAGGUGGCCAAGUUUACGCGUAGCGAGGCGCAGCUUGAAAGUUAUGUAAGCAAGUUCCGGCAGCUGGAGCAGCAGAUCCUAGCGGCAGUCGGCGAUAAGCUGGCGUGCGAGCAUACGUUGGAGACGCGCACGGAGGAAUUCGAGCAACGGAGCGAAGCACUCUCGCGACGGUAUCAUUCAUUCGCCUGCGAUCUAGUUCGCCAAUACUACAAGACGCAUAGCGAACAGCUGACGCCCAACGUUGACCCGCUACACAAACGACGCGAUCUUGUGUCACAUUUUGCGACUGUAGACAAGUGGGGGCUCUCCGUGCCAGAGGAUGUACAGGAAUCGUUGCAGCGUGGCCUUCUGCGAUCUAAGCGAAAGAAACCACGAGAUUCAAGAGACAUGCGUGAUCAGGAAUGCCAAACAACUGCCGUCGAUAGAUGUCGGAUGCGGGACAAUCACACGAGCACCGAACCGUAUCCGGUCCGACCAACGGUGCGUCACUGUUCGACGGAUGUGGCUGAUCUUCCGGGACAACCAGGAGUCACGGCUGUCGAACCCACGAAAGCUUUCUGUGACAAAAGCACCAUGCACAGCAUGUCAACAAUCACCCGAUCGACAUGCACUUCCGCGUUCAUUAAGCACGUGGACGUCGGCGUGAACUUUCCCGAGGUCACGCACAAAUCGGUGGACGAAAUUUUGCGAGAGUGUGUCCCGCUUCCACCCCUAUUACUUUCGCCGAUAAAAGAAAUUGUCCCCUUGCGGGUGACGAUCGAAACACAAACCGAAUCCUCUGCUCAAGCCCAAGGUACGGCAUGCCGACCGCCCGUCGCAUCCUGCGGCACGAUGACUGGAUUGAAAAAUAUUCGAAAACGUAUUGACUACCGGGAACUACCGGUAGGGGAGGCGUCGGAUAGCCCGUAUGUGUCGAUUAAAAAGGAGGAACUUCCGUCCACUUUCUACCAAGCGGAUGCGGGUAGAAAGGAGCGGAUCAAUCCGCACCUUUCCGCACUCUGGUCAUUGCUGGGCGAAACUAUAUUCACAAUCAUAGAGAGUGGUCGUCGGUUGGAUAGUCAGUGCUUUAACGUGCUAAACGAUCACAUGGCCUCGAUACGCGGCAUGCUAGAGGCGGACGGCCAUCGAUCGUCGAUGCUGAUGAGUGAAAUGUUCUCGAACGUGCGCGAAACAGUAGUAGCGGCCACCGGCGUCACGAAGGACAGGACGUUCGCUCCGAACAAUGCCUCGUCAACAGGAAGCUGCGCCGCAGUGCCACUAACCAAUGAUGACGGUAGCAGUGACAGUGGAAAUGCGUGGGAUUUUCGCACCACUGACGACACCAUUAGUGCUGGAGGAAAGGAAAGUACGAUUGAUUUGUCCCAACCGUCGUUCAACUUAUCUGGCACGAGACUUACCAAAGACAUGAACCACAACGCCACUAUCGCACCCAGUAUCGCAGCACCAGUAAGCCAAGAAGCGGCACGGAAUUCCAACGCCACACAAUCGCAGGACGAACCAGUAAGAGAUGUGGCUCAAAGCUCCAGUGUCAUUGAAAGGCGGAACUGCGAUAAAACGCUGGACGAUCUGGGACAAUUAGUCACGGCAACUAGUUCACCUAUAGAGGAAGAUGAAAUGGAUGAUCGAAUAGCGCAAGAACUGCGAAUGAUGGAAGAAGGCGAGUGCGCCAGCCACCAUAACUCGGAGCCGUUGGUGCUUUCAAUCGAAAGGAGACCGCUCCCUACGAUAAUGCAACUACCGGUUGGUUGCACAUACCCAUCGGAAGAACCAUCAAAACAUCAGAACCCAUUGGAAACGCUAGAUAAGGUGGCAGAGUUACCCAGACGAUCGGCGACACCGCCACCAGCAUCCAUGGCGUCUCCAGAGCAUCCCUCUUCAACGGCUACGUUCCUUUCACCAAUCAAAGUAAAAGAAACGAACGAGCUCGUGAAGGAUCAGUUUAAAACACCAACACAGCUGCCAAUCGGUAAGCGCCGUAAGCUGCGGUUACGACGAUCAGACGAACCGCUUCUAUCUCACCAAUGGAAACGAUCGCGUACGGAAGAACCAACCAUGGGCUCGGGACGAGUUUCACCGUCGACCGAGUUCCUGCUGGAAGACGAUUGGGAUCUUAAGUUCUCGUCUAUGCGAGCUGAAAUGAAUCCGAUCGAUGCGGAUUUCUUUUCACCACUGUCACCCAUCGGUGACGGUGACGCCUCAGAAGAAAGCCCAGAUGGCGACGAGGACGGACGGCCAAUGGAGGACGAAGAGGAAGUCGGAUGUAAACUUGUUUCCUCUUUCGACCCAUCAAAAGAUGCCAUCAGAGAUUGUAUAGAGGAGAGCGCAAAAGAAUGCACUGAUCUCGUCCGAGGAAUUUCGGAGAACAGAAGACCACCUGAAACCAGAGAACCGGAGAACGUGUCAAGUCCACAGAACGGAGCUGCAGAAGAAAGCCGUACUGCUACUACGCUAGCACAACAACGGGUACUUAACGAAGAACGGCGAUGUGUGACAAGCGAACCACUUGCAAUCGAUCACACAAAACAAGAAAUAUCACCGGUACCGGCGAAUGAAGCUGCGCCUUUGUCUGUGACACCUUCACCAGUGCCAGAUAGAACGGAAGAAGGGACGAUUGUUGUAGAGUUAAAUUCAUCGGACAAAACGUGUGAAUUGCAAAUCGACGUACCGUUGGCAGCUUUGUCAGAUUCCCCGGAAAGUCCUGCCUGGGACUCGCCGCUAUCACCGCCGGCGCACGAAACAGGGUCGAGCACGUGUCAACUGUUAGCGGCACUAUCCUCACCAUCGACACAUUCAAUGGAUUCUCCUCUUUCACCACCGAUCGUUGCCAGUGGCAGUACUCCUUCGGCACGACCAAUACCUCUGCAGCAUGAAGCAAGCAAACUGUUCCUAAUGCAAUCGAUACACGACUGGACACGAAAAGGUCCCCUUCUUUGCGCCAUUAAUGAAUUUAAAAAAGAGCUUCGCAUCGAGGUGAUCCGUCGCAUUGGGGGACAGUUGGUCGAUCAAGAACAGAGUGCAAUGCAAGCCAUGACCGACGUUAUACAUCGUUACCUGCGCUCCGAGUGGACGGAAGAAACUGUCAGUGAGACGACCGCACAGAUGUUGGCGUGCUGUCGCGAUCCACGCACAAUUUCGCUAACCGUGCUCGAGGUCGUUGCCAGCUACGGAAACAUCAAUCCGAAUAACCUCUUCUCUUCACCAGCUCCGUGCGUGCCGUUAACACAGCAAAUGUUGGUCCUGCUGGUGCGACGGCUUGGCCAAACGGUUGAAUCCCUCGAUGGUGUGAUCAUGCAAGAGCUGGAUCGACGGAUAUUCACGCUCAAAACGGAACCCGUUUUGCUGCAAACGCUCGUUGCGAUCACCUACAUGUACGUAGCGUUGGAGGACAGUAAACCCAUACCGCGUGGAAUUUCGUACCACCAAUUCAAAUACCAGCGGUGCAAUACCGCCCGAUUGUACAUUUUCAAGUGCCUGUACUAUUUCGGCUUCAAGUGUGUCCCGCUAGUGUACCUGGUGAUGCGAGCAUUUCCUCACGCUCUACCGAAGCUGGGUAGUCCAAUGUAUGAUCACAGCGACGCCAUGGUCAACACCAUUCGCACGGUGCUGAUGAACUUCAACUACCUAGAUGGGCCCAACACGUCUGACACGUCGGCCUACCGGAAGCGGGAAAUGUACAACUUGCUAAAAUUGACCUACGGUUACCAGCCCGGCAAUCCGUCGUACGAGGAGCUGCUGGUGAACCUGGUCGAAAAGCUGCAGGCCAACAAGCUGCGGAACGUGUCGUACUCGCUGAUACUGAUCGCCAAACGGAAAGGGUACGAGUGGGCUCGAAAACACAUCAUCCAGCAACGGCUGCUACCGCUGCUAAACGACUACUUGCGGCAGUUCAAGACGAGCAGAACAACAGAUGGAUGCGAAACGGUGGCAUUCAACAACGGGGCUACGUCCGAUCGGAUCGUGACAUGUAUCUUUACAAUAUCGUCAAUCCUAAAAACGCAACCCUCGCACGAGGACGUUACGGGCAUGAUGCAAAUUUUUACCACCGUCGUCCAGCUGUCGAAUCAUCACCAAAAAGUACAGGAAGCGGCCAUUGCCGGAAUUUUACGGUUGUCCCGUUUCGGCUACAUCGAUAUCUGGGAACGGUUAAGCACGUGGCAGCCGGACUAUCCGGUUAGCGAUCGGAUCAAACUGAUGAUGGCUACUCUCGUGCAUCGCAAGGACCUGCGUUUCUGGACGCAGCUUCUCCAGAAACGUAUCGUGUAAGGUCAACGUCUGUCCCGUGGCUGGCGUGCAAAAAAACUACCUCUAUAUCACCAUUAAUUUCUGUCCCAAUUUGAACUCUACUUGAAUUAGCUCCCUGCUCUUUCAGGGGACCCAAUCCUUAACUAAGGGUUUUUUAAUUUCCCCCCUCUUCCAUUAUUUAACAAAAUUCUUGUUCCGGUUAAUUUCUGUUUCGUGUUCCGAAACGACUUCUGUGAUUAUUAUAAUUGAAGCAACAAAAAACAACCGGCUUUGAGCACCUUGUCCCUAUCGUAGGUUU